AGUGUAUUUUUCAACGUUCUGUGGAAUGCCUCCCUGUUGUUUAUUCUAACCUCACUGCAAAUAACCUCAAAUUUAAAAUUUUUUCUUCUAGCCUAUGCAGAGACAACUCUGGCCUAAGUAAGCACAUUCUAGAGAUAUGGAAGAGCCAUUUAGAAUUUUGCAUCCAGUGAAGUAUUACAAGGAACAUUUUUUGUGUGGCGUAAGACCUGAUGGUAGGAAACUUGAUAAAUUUCGUCCUGUUGUUCUGAAUGCUGGCUCCAUACAAACAGCGGAUGGAUCAGCCUUUGCUAAAGUAGGAGACACCAGUGUUAUGUGCGGAAUAAAGGCUGAAUUGUGUACUCCUAAACCAGAAAAUAGUAAGGAAGGUUUUCUGAUUCCCAAUAUUGAGUUAUCACCACUUUGUUCCCCCAAAUUCAAACCAGGUCCUCCAAGUGAAGAGGCACAGAUUGCUACACAACUCCUGGCUGAUAUAAUCAAGAGUUCCAAGUGCUUGAAUCCAGAAGAACUUUGUUUAUUUCCUGAAAAGUUAGCUUGGUGUUUAUUUGCUGAUUUGGAAUGUAUCAGUUAUGAUGGUUCUUUAAUUGACGCUUGUGUAAUUGCAUUAAUAACGGCUUUAAAAACUGUAAGGUUACCAAUGGUGGAUUAUGAUCCUGCUACUGGUAAUAAAAUUGUGAAAGAAGAAGAAAAGAGAUGUUUAAAUAUUGUCAGUACCCCAAUUUGUUCAACGUUUUCUAUUUUUGAAGAGAAGAUGACCUUAUUUGAUCCCACUCAUGAAGAAGAAUCAAUUAGUUCCUGCACAUUGAACAUCGUGAUCAAAGAUGAUCAAAUUUGCUCCGUUCACAAACCUGGAGGCGCACCAAUAUGUGAUGAUGAUCUAUUGAAUUGUAUAGAAAAAAGUAAAGAAAGAGCCAAAGAAAUUUGUGAAUUAAUAGAUAAAGCUAUGCAAACAUUUAAAACAACAUAACUACUUUAAUAAAAUGUUAUUGUAUGAAAAUUGUA